AUGACACCUUUCAUCAGCAUCGCCUUACUUGUUGCCCUGUUCUUGCUCAACUCAGAUCGCAUUCAGAAAGCCAUUGAGAUAUGCAGCGAAUGUUUGAUUUUGCUAAAUGGCACCGAUCAAAAUAACAAAGACCAAUUUUAUUCAGCACUGCUACAAUUUUACAGCGACAUCUAUAACAUUCUUUUCAGCGCUUAUUGUCAUAUCUCUGACUACAUAAGUGCGGAAAGAUACGGGAGGAAACUGUUUAACUUAUACAGUGAGUCUACAAUUAUGCUUUAUGAAAUUGGCGAAAGCCUAAAAGCAAAGGAAUAUAUUGAGAGGGCCCUUACCAUAACAACCAAAAUUGGCGACAGAAGCGGAGAAGCAUCAUGUUAUGGAAACCUAGGUACUGUGUUUGGGUCGCUUGGCCAAUACGACAAGGCUGAAGAGUAUCUCCAAAAAGCGCUUGUCAUCACAAAUGAAAUUGGCGACAGAGGAGGGGAAGCAUCAUGUUAUGGAAACCUAGGUACUGUGUUUAAGUCGCUUGGCCAAUACGACAAGGCUAAAGAGUAUCUCCAAAAAGCGCUUGUCAUAAGAACUGAAAUUGGCGACAGAGAAGGGGAGGCAACUGACUACGGAAACCUAGGUACUGUGUUUCGGUCCGUUGGCCAAUACGACAAGGCUGAAGAGUAUCUCCAAAAAGCGCUUGUCAUCACAACUGAAAUUGGAGACAGAAAAGGGGAGGCAACUGACUGCGGAAACCUAGGUACUGUGUUUCUGUCCGUUGGCCAAUACGACAAGGCUGAAGAGUAUCUCCAAAAAGCGCUUGUCAUCAGAACUGAAAUUGGCGACAGAGAAGGGGAGGCAACUGACUACGGAAACCUAGGUACUGUGUUUAAGUCGCUUGGCCAAUAUGACAAGGCUGAAGAGUAUCUCCAAAAAGCGCUUGUCAUCAGAACUGAAAUUGGCGACAGAGAAGGGGAAGCCACUGACUACAGCAACCUAGGUACUGUGUUUAAGUUGCUUGGCCAAUACGACAAGGCUGAGGAGUAUCUUCAAAAAGCACUUGUCAUCGCAACUGAAAUUGGCGACAGAGGAGGGGAAGCAUCAUUUUAUGGAAACCUAGGUACUGUGUUUGAGUCGCUUGGCCAAUACGACAAGGCUGAAGAGUAUCUCCAAAAAGCGCUUGUCAUCACAACUGAAAUUGGCGACAGAAAAGGGGAGGCAACUAACUACGGAAACCUAGGUACUGUGUUUGAGUCGCUUGGCCAAUACGACAAGGCUAAAGUGUAUUUCCAAAAAGCACUUGCCAUCGCAACUGAAAUUGGUGAUAAGGAAGGGGAAGCAGCAGCUCUUGGAAAGCUUGGAAUUGUGUUUAAAACUGUUGGUGAUUUUGAAGCUUCGGAAGUAUGCUUGGAGAAAGCUUUAUUCAUAUCCAGAGAUAUUGGAGAUAGAAGAAGAGAGUUUGAAAUCCUCGUAUGUUACGCCGUUUUGUAUUUACAUCAAUAUAAAAUCAAAGACUCCCUUUCGUGUCUUCAUCUGUGCAUUGAAAAGUAUGAGGAGCUGAGAUAUUUCUUGGGCGCUAAUGAUCAGUUCAAAACAUCAUUUCUGGAGGACAUAGGAAUAUUCCCCUACAAGCUGCUUUGUACUUUGCUUUGUGACACCGGAAAUGCUCGGGAUGCUCUUUAUGUUGAGGAGUUGGGUCGAGCUAGAGGCCUAUCAGACUUAAUGGCAGAGAAGUACUCGGUUGAAACGCACAUUUCUACUAAUCCACAAUCUUGGUUUGGCAUUGAGAACAUUUUAAGAAAGAAAAAUAACUGUACUUGUCUGUACAUUUCUUAUUUUCAGAAUCGUCUGCAUUUGUGGAUCUUGAAAACAAGUGGAGUCCUUCACUAUAGAAGAGUAUCACCAGAGAAUCUAGUUCAGGCUGGGUUGCCCAAAGAUUUGUCUUUGAGUCAAUUUUUGGAUGAUAAUUUCCGGAGUCUUGGUAUUUUGCCCACUAAAGAUUGUGAAGAUCGGUCCUUAAAUACGAUUAAAUUGGAACCUCUCUCCCCCGCACAAAAGAGCGCAGCAAGAUUGCGACUCGUGGAGGAGGACGAGGACGAGGACGAGGACGAGAAAGUGAUUUCAAGUCUAUCUUUUUGUUACAAAAUGUUUAUUGCCCCCGUUAAUGAUUUGCUUGAGGAGCCUGAAUUCGAAGUCAUUAUUGUUCCUGACCGCAGAUUGUACAAAGUUCCCUUUGCUGCCCUGAGUGAAAAGGAGGGAGCCGAAUACUUGUCAGAGACUCAUAAGAUCCGUAUCAUUCCUUCGUUGACAACACUCAAGAACAUUCAAGAUAGUCCAGAGGACUAUCACAGCAACACUGGUGCCUUGAUAAUAGGCAAUCCCAAGGUUAAUUGGCUGCAACCAUUGCCAGGUGCAAGAAAGGAAGCGGAGAUGGUCGGACGAUUGGUGGGUGUUCCGCCUCUAGUUGAAGAGAAAGCAACGAAGCAGGCGGUACUUGAGCGGAUAAGUUCAGUGAGCUUGAUACAUUUUGCUGCCCAUGGUAACGCGGAAAGAGGAGAAAUUGCACUCUCCCCCAUUCCUACUCCCAACAGUCAAAAAGCUACCCCACCGAAGGAAGCUUACAUGUUGACGAUGGCUGAUGUCUCACGAGUGAAAGUCAGAGCUAAACUGGUGGUACUUAGCUGCUGUCACAGUGGAAGUGGAGAGAUAAAAGCCGAGGGAGUUAUAGGAAUUGCCCGUGCGUUCUUAGGAUCCGGUGCUCGCUCGGUGUUGGUUGCGCUGUGGGCCAUUCCAGACUCAGCAACAGAGCAGCUAAUGAGCCGGUUCUACGAACACCUCAUUGAAGGAAGAAGUGCCAGUGAAUCCCUUCAUCAGGCCACGAAGUGGAUGAGAAAAAACGGCUUGAACAAAAUAUCUGAGUGGGCUUCGUUUACGCUGAUUGGAGAUGAUGUGAGACUCGAGUUUGACAAGCAGCGGCAAGACUCGGUGAGAACAGGUAUUUCAUAA